AUGGCUCGACCAGGUCAAAAUCUUCAUGUGAAAUUUUUUGUCUUGGUGGCCUUAUAUUUGAUCAUCAUGGCCGUUGAAGCCCAGUUAAUCACAUCUCUGGAAGAAGUUUUGGCGUACAAAAUUAUGGUGCAGUGGGUGGCGUUUACUCGUGCAUGGAAUGAUGCUUGUAAAGCGUCGUCUGCAACUUUGAAUGUAGCAGGUGGCAAGACUUUUCUGGUUAACAAUAUAUAUUUCCAGGGACCGUGUCAGCCUGGUUUCACAUUUCAGAAAAUCCGAGCAGCUGGAAGCGCACAUGGAACUAUUGAUCCACCAGAAAAUCCGAGCAGCUGGAAGAGCACAUAUGUGUGGUGGUUGUUCGAGCAUCUUCAACAAUUUACAUUGACAGGGAAGGGCACUAUUGACGGAAAAGGAAAUUAUGCAGAUGAAUCAGGAAAACUUAAUAAAACCUGUAAAAAGAGAGCCAUUCAAUUCAAUGAUGUGAAAGGGAGUGCACUGAGUGGACUGAAGGUGAGAAACAGUCCUCAAUUUCAUGUCACAUUGACAAAUUGUGACAGUGUCCAGAUCGUGGGUAUUACCAUUCAGGCACCAGAAAGCAGCCCAAACACUGAUGGAAUUGAUACGUUCCAAUCCACAAACAUAGUCAUAAAAGAUUCCACUAUUGGAACAGGAGAUGACUGUGUGGGGAUAGGUGAUGGGUCUUCAAAUAUUAACAUCAAUGAUAUCACAUGCGGUCCAGGCCAUGGAAUAAGCAUUGGAAGCCUUGGAAGAGGAAACACGAAAGCAUAUGUCCAUUCGAUUCACGUGAACGGCGCCAAGUUGACAUUAACAACGAAUGGAUUAAGAAUCAAGACAUGGCCGGUGAUAGAGUCGGGAGCUUUUUCGGCGCGCAGGUCUGAGCGGGAGCGACAAGUAGACUGUGGAGGAGGCCUCCCUCCUCCACAUGGUUUGAUUCUUCUCUCCCCUGUUUUAUCUUCCUGGCUUGUUUUUCUUUUUAUGGUUUCGCUUUCUGUGCUGUCUCUGUGUUGCAUUUAUUUCUUAGGCGUCUUCCGUAGUCUCUUUCUUGUGCGAUCUGCUCUUGGUCUUUAA